AUGGGAAAGAAGACGAAAAUUGGAAAGCAAAGAAAAGAUAAAUAUUAUCAAUUAGCUAAGGAAACAGGUUACAGAUCACGUGCUGCUUUCAAAUUAAUUCAAUUAAAUCGCAAGUUUGAAUUUUUACAAAAGUCCAGAGUAUGCAUCGAUUUGUGUGCAGCACCUGGUGGCUGGAUGCAGGUUGCCAGGCAAAAUAUGCCAGUAUCGUCUAUAGUUAUAGGUGUAGAUCUGUUUCCAAUAAAGCCUAUACCAGGAUGUAUUAGUCUUACAGAAGAUAUUACAACAGAUAAAUGUAGAGUAGCUAUCUCACGUGAAUUGAAAACAUGGAAGGCUGAUGUUGUUUUAAACGAUGGUGCUCCCAAUGUUGGAAAAAAUUGGCUUCACGAUGCAUAUCAACAAGUUGUGUUAACAUUAUCAGCUGUUAAGUUAGCUACUCAAUUUUUAAGAGCCGGUGGUUGGUUUGUAACAAAAGUAUUUCGAUCUAAAGAUUACCAUGCAUUGAUUUGGGUGUUAAAACAGCUUUUUAAAAAGGUACAUGCUACUAAACCUCAAGCUUCACGUAAUGAAUCUGCAGAAAUUUUUGUAGUGUGUCAAUAUUAUAUUGCUCCUGAUAAAUUAGAUCCUAAAUUCUUUGAUGCAAAAUAUGUAUUCUCUGAAUUAGAAAUAGAAUCUACAAACAAAUCAAACUUCCUUCAACCAGACAAGCAAAAGAAAAAUAAAGCAGAGGGAUAUCCUACGAAUGAUUACACAUUAUAUCAUAAACUAUCUGCAAAAGAAUUUAUUGCCUGUGAAAAUGCAGUAGAGUUUUUGCAGAAUGCUUCUGAAAUAGUAAUAGAUGAUGAGUUUAUCAACAAUCAUGAAAAAACGACUAAAGAAGUUAGAGAAUGUUGCAAAGAUAUCAAGGUACUUGGUCGGAAAGACUUGAAACUGCUGCUUAAUUGGUGGAAAUCAUUAAAACAGGCACAAGCAGAAACAAAAGAGAAAGAAGAUGUGGUAGAAGAUGAAACUACAACAGCAUCUAAAACAAUUAGUCUUGAAGAACAGGAAGAUUUAGAAGAUGCAGUAAUUGAAAAACAAAUUGUCGAGCUCAGAGAAGCAGAAGCUAAAGAAUUGAAGCGCAAGAAGAAGAAAUCUCUCAAAGAGAGAAAUAAAUUAAAUGAACGCCUUAAUCUGAAAAUGAUUCAUAAAAAUGAUGAAGGUCCUAAAUUAGAAGGGGACGAUAUGUUUCAAUUAAGCCAGAUUCAAACUUAUCAGCAAUUGCAACAAGUUACAGAUCAAACGCCUGAUGUUUUAGCAGAGAGUGAGGCAGAUUCGGACGAAGAAAUCAAACCAACGACGGUUUCUUACAAGAAAGAUACAGGUCAUUUGGAUAGCAAGGGCUUAUACUAUAAAUCAGAAGAUAGUGACGAAAAUGAUACCGAUGCUAUAUCAGAUGAUGAUACAGAUAGUGAGAAAUCAGGAUUAGGCCUGGAGGAUUCGGAAGACGAAAGUACAAAUAGAGCAAAAGUGCAAAAGAAGAAACAACAAUCUAAAGAUUCUGACAAUUCUAACAAUCCUUUGCUAACUGAUUUAGAUUUUCGAGAUAAAAAAACUAAAAAAAUUCAUAAAGCUGAACUUUGGUUUGAAAAAGAUGCAUUUAAAAAUUUGGAACAAGAAGAUGAUGCAGAUUACGAAUUGGAUAAAAUGAUCGAACAAUACAAGAGAAAAGGUGGACGUAUUCUCGGAGAAGAGAAAAAGACAGAGGAAAAAAUUAACAAGGAAAAUAACAAGGAAAAAAAACGUAAAGUUAGUGAAAGCGACGAUACAAAUUCAGAUUACGACGUAGAAGAAAUGAUGGCAUCUAAGAAAAAAAUAAAGAAGGUUGGCGGAAAAGACGGCUUUGAAGUAGUACCGCAAGAAAAAAUAGAUAAAAAAUCAAAGAAGAGGAAACUGACCCCCGAAGAUUUGGCACUUGGAUCUUUGUUGAUUCGUAAAAAAUCUCGAAGGGAUUUGAUCGAUUCUGCUUGGAAUAGAUACGCGUUUAACGAUGAAAAAUUACCGGAUUGGUUUAUCAAGGAUGAGGAAAAACACAUGAAGAAAGAAGCACCUGUUCCCAAGGAACUUGUCGAAGAAUAUCAAAACAAGGUCAAAGACUUGAAUGUUAGACCGAUUAAGAAAGUAAUGGAAGCUAAGGCGAGAAAGAAGAGACGCACAAUGCGCAAACUUGAGAAGGCCAAGAAAAAGAUGGAAGUGUUGAUGGAUAAUGCGGAUGUCAAUGACAAGGAAAAGGCCAGACAAAUUAAAGCAUUAUACAAGAAAGCUAAGAAAGAGCCAAGAAAGGAACUCAAGUAUAUCGUAGCAAAGAAACAUACCGCGCAGAAGCGGGCCGUUCGGCCUCCUGGUGUGAAAGGUCGAUAUAAAAUAGUCGAUCCGAGAAUGAAGAAGGACUUACGCGCGACUAAAGCUAAAGAAAAAACUAAAGGACGUAAAACGAAAAAUCGCGGCGGUAACAGACCGAGGGCAAAGCCUAAAACUAUGAAGAGAAAAAGUAAAUAAUUUCGAUCUUUAUAGGAAAUAAUAUUUAAAACAGUUUUUUGUUACAAGGAUCUUUUACUAUGUAUUAUUUGCAUAAUUAAUUGUGGUAUAUGUAAAUAAUAUUUCUAUUCCUACAAACUCUGAAUUUUCUCUGAAUUUCUUCCUGUACUAAAUAAUUAAGCCAAUUUCGAUUUCUUCGUGACUAAUACAGGAUAUUGCGUAAUAAACAUUGAUGCGGAAGGAAUGUGUAUAAAUUACUAAUAGCAACGUAUACAGAUCGCAAGUCUACACUUAGAUAUUGUUUACACAUAGACGUCCAAUCCUAUGCAUCAGUCUCUAGCGCGGAAUAUACCCUGUA